GUUUUUGGUAUCCGAUUUGACGAUUUGACGUGCGUCGCGAUACGGAACUUUUUAUCUCGAUAAACCUUGACUAGGAUUAUUCUAGCUUCGAAAAGUCGCAUGGCGAUAUGAAGCAGUCACUUUCACCAUGUUGAGAGCGAGAGUAUCAGGGCGGGAGUCUUCAAUAUGCGCUUUCUGUCGACAUCGCCUUUCGCUACGGCCAGCGACCCCGCGGACCGAAAAACUCUUUUCAACCACAUCGAUUUUAAGGGGCGAUGACGGAUGGGGUGCGGGAUGGGGAAACCAGGUUAAGCCUCAAACGCAGUCUAACCCGGAUGACUUUCUCUCCCCGCAUGAACUUCUAGCACGCCAGCAGCUACUUGCAAAACAGAAAGCCCAGCAGGCUGCCGAAGCCCCGAAGCCGAAGCCAGCUAAUAAUGGCCCCUCAGCGAAAUUUAUAUGGAACGCACAAAAGCAAGAAGCUAUUGAGGAGAGCCUGAAUAGAGAUGGCGUGACUAUAAAAAAAAUUCCCUCUUGGACAAGCGACACCAGGCCCAGUGAGAAUCGCGCAAGGCCGGCUAGGCGUCUUUUGUCUUUGGGGCUCAAUUCAGGCACUAUAUCGACCCCUUUACAGCCUAACUCGGCUUCUAACUCUAGUGCUCAGCCCAACUUCCCUAACACUUUAAGGCCUAAUUCAUCCCGUUCGCCAGAGUCAAAUUCUUCCAGGAGGGAGGGGGAUAGAGGGUCAAAUCCUGGACCUCUAGGAAACAUAAUAAGAAAAGUAUGGCACAAGCCUCAAAUGACCACCACACCUAGUCGCCAGCCAUUACAGAGAAUACUAUCUUUAUCUCGCGAUGAUGGGUCCGAGCCGGUACAGGCAACGAGUCAGGAGUCGAAAUCACCUAGUACAGAGCAGGAUCGACAGCCGCCGCCAAAACCGACGUCUCGAGCCACUCCGGAUAAUACUAUUAAAUCAUCCCCUAAACCGGACAUCAAUUCGGGAUGGGGCUUAUUGGCGCGAAAGCAAACACCUAGUAAAUCUGAUGGUGAGGACUUUUGGGCUAUUAUGAAUAAGAGUUCCGGUGGCUUUCUAGGACCUAAGUCUGAACAACCCGCGGCUCCAGAGCAAGCUUCGAAAACAUUUGAUGACAAAAAUGACUUAAAUUCGAUACAGUCUCCCAAGAAGGACCCUUGGGCUGCUAUGCAGAGCAGCACGGAUAAAAAAGAAGUAGUAUCCGAUUUGGACGAUUGGGGCAAAGAGUUUGAUAAUGCGAAACCCAAAAGGAGAACUAAGGUGGAAGAACCCUCAGUCGAAGGAGACGCAGAGAAAAAACCAUAUGCUACACCUGAAAUAGAUGUUGGCUUCCAGGGCCCGGAUCGAAACCGUGGCCGUGAUAAUCGACCGGAUCGGUUUGAUGAGGAGGAGAGAGGCGGAGGUCGUAAUAGGCGUUCACGGCGUAGUUCUAGGCGCGGAGACGAUGGAGAUGACGAGGGAGGAUUUGACUACGACCAAUACCAAGAGAAACGUCGACAAAAGGCACAACGUAGAGCGGAACGCGAAGCUGAAAGGGCCGGCGCGGUGCCCAUCUUGCUGCCAGAAUUGAUCAGCAUCCCAGCAUUGGCUGAGGCAUUGAAAGUGGAACCUAAUCUAUUCUUAAUUCAACUUGGCGAGUUAGGCUUCGAGGAUGUAACACUGGACAGCCUUAUGGCAGGAGAAACGGCUGCACUUGUUGCGCAGGAGUAUGGCUACGAGCCGACAGUCGAGUCUGGUGCGGAACAUGACCUCAAACCUCGCCCUCCACCUGCAGAUCCGUCGGUUCUGCCACUACGACCGCCGGUUGUGACAAUUAUGGGUCACGUUGAUCAUGGAAAGACAACCUUACUUGAUUAUCUUCGCAAAUCAUCUAUAGCAGCUCAGGAGCACGGCGGUAUCACGCAGCGAAUUGGUGCCUUCUCUGUGAAGCUCUCCUCCGGCAUGCCUAUCACUUUCCUCGACACCCCCGGGCACGCUGCUUUCCUUACGAUGCGUCAAAGAGGUGCCUAUGUGACGGAUAUUGUCGUCUUGGUCGUAGCCGCGGAUGACAGCGUUAAGCCGCAGACUAUUGAGGCUAUUAAACAUGCACGCGCGGCUAAGGUGCCAAUGAUUGUAGCUAUAAGCAAAAUUGAUACGGAUGGUGCCCGUAUAGAUCAGGUUAAGCAUGACCUUGCGCGUGAAGGAGUUGAGAUUGAAGACUUUGGUGGAGACGUCCAAGUUGUCUGCGUGAGUGGCAAGACGGGUCAGGGUAUGGAAGACUUGGAAGAAAACAUCCUUACGCUCUCUGAAAUCUUGGACCAUCGCGCCGAACUCGACGGUCCCGCAGAAGGUUGGGUCCUCGAGAGUAGCCUUAAGCCCUUAGGAAAAGCCGCUACCGUUCUUGUUAAGCGAGGUACUCUGCGACCCGGUGACUAUAUCGCAGCUGGUGUCACAUGGGCAAAGAUCCGACAUCUGCGCAACGAGGCUGGGCUUGAAAUAGACGAGGCGCCGCCUGGCACUCCGGUCGAAGUUUUAGGCUGGAAAGAUCUUCCUGCUGCCGGCGACCAAGUUAUCCAGGCGCCUGAUGAGGGCCGCGCUAAAGAUGCGGUAGAAUACCGCGAGGGUCUUCUCGAGCGGGAGAAAGAUGCUGUUGCUCAGGCAGCCAUAUCCGAGGCCCGCAGAGCGCUCCAAGAAAAACGUGCUCGCGAGAAGGCUGCUGCGGCUGAUGAAGCGGUUGUCGAGCCCUUACCUGAAGAAGAUAACGGCCCGAAGACGGUCAACUUCGUAGUUAAGGGCGAUCUUCACGGCUCCGUGGAAGCAGUAUGCGCCGCGAUACAGGAGUUAGGUAACCACGAAGUGCAACCGCGCAUCCUGAGGUCAGGCACGGGCCCUGUCCGCGAGUUCGACGUAGAGCACGCGGCAGCGUCGAACUCGGUGAUUGUUAACUUCGCGACGACAACGCCGGGAUACGUCGAGCAGAUGGCGGAGGGGAAAGGGGUGAAGAUCAUGGACCAUAAUGUUAUCUAUCAUUUGGUGGACGACGUCAAGGCCACUCUAAGUGAAUAUCUAGAGCCUGAGAUCACCAGCAGCGUGCUAGGCGAGGCGGAGGUGCUGCAAAUCUUCCCGAUUAAUAUUAAGGGCCGCACGUAUAAGAAUAUUGCCGGGUGUAGGGUGCGCACCGGGCAGGUGGCGAGGAAUAAUCUCUUCCGUAUUAUCAGGGGUGGGAAGACGAUCUAUGACGGCAAACUCGAAACCCUAAAGCAUGUCAAGAAGGACGUGGCGGAGGUGCGCAAGGGCACCGAGUGUGGCAUCGGCUUCGAAGAGUUCCAAGACUUCCAGGUCGGCGAUCUGAUUCAGGCUUACGAGGAGGUUAGAACUGAGCGCAGCUUAUAGGUGACGAAUCUGGUCGGCUAUAGUGAUGACUUUUCAGGGUUGGAGGGA